AACCGCUGCUGUAUUUGGUAGUUAACCAGUCAUAAGUAUCCCGCAAACGCACCAAUUUCUAACCGCAGAACCAGUCGUACAAAUCUUUUAAAACCGCUAGAAACCGCAACCACCCGCAUCCGCAAACGCCCGCAGCCGCAACCGCAACCGCUGCGUUUGAACCAGUCAGACCCUUAAUGUCGAUAAAUGAAUUACGUGAGUCAACAUAUAAUACAUUAAUUGAGCAAGACACUAAUAUAUUUGAUAGUUUUAUUUAAGCCGGUAUCAGAUACUAGGUGAUUGGGAAAAUAAAACGAUUGCACUAAUAUAUAUUUAAACGGCAAAAAUAAUAUUUUAGAAUAAAAAGUGAUUCCGAUAUAAAUAAAUAUAUAUAUUAACCGAUAUUCGAAUUUCUUUAUAUAUGCUCAUAGAAUAUAAAAUAUUGUAAAAAAAAAAAAGAGAGAGCUAUAUUCCGUAGAAGGUGGGAGAAGAAAAACAUUCCCUAGCAAUAAGCAAAGGGGCCAUAACAGACGAUUUUGCAAAUUGUUUUGUAUGCAUAUAUAUAGACGGCCACGUUUUCGGUCAAACGUAGAAGAAAUCGUUGGAGAAAAAAAUAAAAUAAAACUGUGAAUCUCUCUGAGAUUAAAGAAGACGAAGAGAUCGACAAGGAGCAAUGGGAAACGGAAGCUCAAGGGAGGGGAAAGAGUCGCGACGGUCAAGGCUAAAGCAGAAGCUACAGAGGUUUCGCACUCACCGUCUUCAUUUACGUACUCGUUUCUCCCGUAACGCUGCCGGUGUCGUGAAUCAGAGAGCUGUCACCGUCGAGGAUUUCUCCGGCAUUGCUCUUCUCACUCUCAUUGGCGCGGACAUGAAGUUUAAGGACAAGUGGCUCGCUUGUGUUUCGUUCGGGGAACAAACAUUCAGGACAGAGAUCUCAGACACUACGGAGAAACCAAUUUGGAACUCAGAAAAGAAGCUUCUCUUGGAGAAAAAUGGACCAAGUCUCGUUAGGGUCUCUGUUUUCGAGACCAAUAGGCUUUCUAGGAACAAAAUCGUCGGUUAUUGCGAGCUUGAUAUAUUCGAUUUUGUAGUGCAGGAACCUGAGUCGGCUUGUAAGUCAUUUGACUUGUUAGAUCCUGCGUCAUCCAAUGUUGUUGGCACCGUUUUCCUUUCCUGCGCUAUUGAGGAUCCUGUUGAAACAGAGAAGCGGUUUGCAAAGCGUAUCUUGUCUGUAGUGGACUACAAUGAAGAUGGACAACUCUCCUUCUCUGAGUUCUCUGAUCUUAUACGUGCUUUUGGGAACUUAGUGGCUGCCAACAAGAAAGAGGAGCUGUUCAAAGCUGCUGAUCUGAACGGUGAUGGUGUUGUGAGUAUUGAUGAGUUGGCUGCGCUUCUUGCUCUUCAACAAGAGAAGGAGCCAAUUAUAAAUAACUGUCCAGUGUGUGGUGAGGCUCUUCAACUCACUGACAAGCUCAACUCUAUGAUACAUAUGACUCUAUGUUUUGACGAAGGAACGGGUAAUCAAGUCAUGACUGGUGGGUUUUUGACUGAUAGACAAGCUUCUUAUGGAUGGAUGUUCAAACUAAGUGAAUGGACACACUUAUCUACUUAUGACGUUGGUUUGAAUACUGGUUCAAAUGCUUCUCAUAUUGUGGUGAUUGACCGUAAGACUAAGAGGCUUGUGGAAGAGUUGAUAGACUCAAAGAUUGUUCUGUCCAUGAGAGCUAUUUACCAGUCCAAAAUUGGACUUAGACUUAUGGAUCAAGGGGCAAAGGAGAUACUGCAGAGACUUUCUGAGAAGCAAGGGAAGAAAAUGAACACAGUUGAAUCCGCUCAAAAAAUUCCUAGCUUUCUUGAGUUCUUUAAGGAUCAAAUAAACAUGGCUGAAGUCAAGUAUCCUCUACAGCACUUCAAGACAUUCAAUGAAUUUUUCAUAAGGGAGUUGAAACCUGGUGCGAGACCAAUAGCUUACAUGAAUCGCGAUGAUGUUUCUGUAUGUGCUGCUGAUUGUCGGUUAAUGGCAUUCCAGUCAGUGGAGGAUAGCACCAGAUUCUGGAUCAAGGGCCGGAAGUUUUCGAUUAGAGGCCUCCUUGGGAAGAAUGUGAAUCCAAAUGCCUUUCUUGAUGGAUCUUUGGUGAUAUUCAGACUAGCACCACAGGAUUAUCAUCGGUUUGCA